GGGCUCCUUCGGGCAGCCGCAGACCGGCGUCCCAGCAGGACCAUUGGCUGCUGCUCCUCUUUGAGCCUGGCUCGUCCGCGCCCCGCGAUGGAGCAGCACGCCCGCCGGGAGCGCCAGCUGCCAAGCUCUGCUCACCAGAUAGAAACAGAUGACAGAACAGCCUUGGUUUGUAAACCUAGGACUAAAGGAGGAAACAGUGAUCUCCCAUCAGCUGGUUUUAAUGUUAUCAACUCUAUCAUAGGAUCGGGAAUAAUAGGAUUGCCUUAUUCAAUGAAGGAAGCUGGUUUUCCAUUAGGAGUAUUGCUUUUAGUUGGUGUUGCCUAUAUCACAGAUUAUUCCAUUAUAUUACUGAUUAAAGGAGGAAACCUCUCUGGUACAAACAGCUACCAAGAACUGGUCAAUAAAUCGUAUGGUUUUAUAGGAUACCUAAUUCUCUCAAUACUACAGUUUUUAUAUCCAUUUAUUGCCAUGAUUAGUUACAACAUAAUAACAGGAGACACUUUGACUAAAGUUUUUCAAACAAUUCCUGGAGUUGGUCCAGAUAACUUACUUACUUACCGCCAAGUCAUUAUUCUAUGUAUUACUAUCAUCUUUACCCUGCCUAUGUCUCUCUAUCGUGACAUAGCAAAACUGGCAAAGGUAUCUUUUAUUUCUUUGAUUUUAACAACUGUAAUCCUGAUCAUCGUGAUGAUAAGGGCAGCUACCCUUAGCCCACUGGUACCCAAAACAGAGAAUGCCUGGAUAUUUGCAAAGUCUAAUGCAAUACAAGCCAUUGGGGUGAUGUCAUUUGCAUUCGUUUGCCAUCAUAACAGCUUUUUAAUCUAUGGCUCUUUGGAAGAACCCACUCUGAGUAACUGGUCUCGCAUCACUCAUCUGUCUGUCUCACUCGCUCUGUUUGUCAGUGUGGUGUUUGCUGUAUGUGGAUAUGUGACAUUUACUGGCUACACAGAAGGAGAUAUAUUUGAAAACUAUUGCAGAGACGAUGAUCUUGCUACAUUUGGAAGGUUUUGCUAUGGAGUCACUAUAAUCCUGACUUUCCCCAUUGAAUGUUUUGUAACUAGAGAAGUAAUUGCCAAUGUGUUUUUCAGUGGGACCCUUACCACCAUUUUCCAUGUUGCUGUGACAGUAAUUGUUGUUGCUGUAGCCACAAGCAUCUCUUUAGUGUAUGAUUGCCUUGGAAUAGUUUUAGAGCUGAACGGGAUUCUCAGUGCUACUCCACUUGUUUUUAUCAUCCCAACAGCAUGUUAUCUGAAGCUGUCUGAAGAGCGAUGGAACCAUUCAGAUAACCUCAUAUCCGGCCUGAUUCUUACUGUUGGUGUGUUACUGAUGACAGUGGGAUUUGUUAUGACUAUCUUGCAUCCCCAAGAAUGUAGCCAUGGAAAAGAAAUGGUCUACUGCUUCCCUAAUAAUGCCUCUCUUUACAACAGUACACUUCCACCUUUUUAGCCAAUUUACCAGUCCUGAGUCUAAAGGGCCUGUCAUCAGUGCAUAGUAAUUUAAAUAUGACUGGGACAGAGUCCUCUUAUGUUUUCGUACUGACUAAGAAUCUUAAACUGUACAACUGUAUUUGUGUAUCGUGUUUUAUGCUAUUGUCUUUUUCUAGAUGAGAAAUAAGCUUUGACUUUUAAGAUUGCAUUGCAUCAAACCUGACUCUUCAGUAGAGUCUCACUAAAUUGGAUGUAUAACUCGAAAACCAAUUGCUAAGGAUGUAAUUUAGCAAAUUUGCAAAUUUGUAAUCAAAUACAAUUAAAAAACAUAGAUUAGGCAUCUCAAAGUGUACUUUCUCUAGUCAUUUAACAAAUGGAGUUUUAAUUACUUUUGAUAACUUUUCACAGAAUACUAGUAAACAUACUCUAGUAUAUUUUCUAAAAGUCCUGAAACUGUAUUAUUAAGAGACCUAACCAUACCACUCUGCUAUUAAAUCUUUGCUGAGAAGUGGGGAUAGCCCCACUUCUACAGUAGUGUAUCUGUAAUGUAUCUGGCUUAGAGUGAAAAUCACCUUGGUGCAGAGGACCAAUACAAAUGCAAGACCUGUGCAUUUAAAUAGGGUUUAAGUGGGACUUUUAUUGUGCAGAGAACCAACACAGUCUGUGCACAAGUGCAGUUUUACUCAUUGAAUAGUGAAUUACAAGGUUGUUUGCUGUGUUCUUAUUAAAAGGAUUUUAUAUGAAUAAAAUAGCAUUGGUAUUUUUUAAAAUGAUUGACAAUAUAGUCUGCUUUAAAAGCGUUACUAUGAGAUUGACAGAAUAGAAAUUGUAGUUUACAGGAAUCAUAAUUUACCUUAAAUUCAUAAGUGAACUUAUUGCUUAUGAAACCCGAUGGUGAUAAUGCUGUAAUUUGAGCAGGUGCUGUCUGAUCUUCCCCAUGGAUUUCUGCCAGUGAACUUAAAUCUCAAAUUCCAUGUCUCUCUUCAGUACGUUCCAUUUGUUCAGCAGAACUCUACCCCAUCUGAAACAAAUGGCAGAAUCAUAUAAAUGCCCAAGCUCACUUUCAUUUAGAGGAUUUAUAUCAGGGUCUAUAGAAGACUAGUGAACUAGGAAUUCACAUGUAAAUAAUGUGAAGGGUGGGCCUGGCUCCCCAUUUUAUUGCUGAGCGCUUGUUUUGCAUCCAGAUCAAAUGGUUUGAUCACCUACUUGGCUGAAUCUCUGUUUUCAUUAUCUUAAGGUCUUUAUGCUACCUCAGCCAGAGAUGCUUUGAUACUGCUCAACAUUUUCAAACCUGCAUGCAUAAGUUAGGUUUCGAAAUCCAUAUCUAGAAAGCUAAACAGGAGUGGUCUGAUUUUCAGAAUUGCUGAGCCCACCUGCAAGUCCCAUUGACUUCAAAAGAAAACUUCUGGUCAGGAUGUAGGACCUGAGGGCAUGGCUAUACUUGCAAGUUAGAGCGCAUUAAAGCAGCCCCGGGGGCCCUAAAUCACGACCCGUCCACACUGGCAAGGCACUUAGAACGCCUGGACUCUGCAGCUGGAGUGCUCCUGGUAAUCCGCCUCCAUGAGAAGCUUAACACUUGGUGCGCCUUGGCUGAAACGCCCGGGCGUCAGUGUGAACGAGGUGUUGCAUUACUGCGCUGUGAUCAGCCUCCAGAAACGUCCCAUAAUCCCCUUAAGUCAAGUGACCACUCUUGUCAUUGUUUGGAAUUGCUGCAGGAAUGCGGAUAUCCCCUUUCAAACCUCUGUUUCUGAAAGCCAGCAUGCUUAUCUGCUCCGGGACAAAGCAAACCAUUACUGUGGAAUGCUGUGUGUGAGAGAGAGAGGUGGGAGGAGGGGGGAUCUGCUGCUGUCUGAACUUACAAGACAGCAUGCUGACAUGUUCUCAGCCCCCCAAAACCCACUCUCUCUCCCCCCACAUACACACUCCCUGUUACACUCCACCCUAUCCCCCCAUUUGAAAAGCACGUUGCAGCCACCUGCAUGCUGGGAUAGCUACCACAAUGCACUGCUCUCUGUGGCCAUUGCAAGAGCUGCUAAUGUGGACACACCAGUGCGCUUGAAUCUGACAGUGUGGACAGACUGCAGCGCUUUCCCUACUGCGCUCUUCGAGGGCUGGUUUAACUCACAGCACUCUAAAUUUGCAAGUGUAGUCAUGCCCUAAGUUAGGCAUCCAGGUUUGAAAAUUUUGCCCACUGUCCUUAUUGCUUGAAAAACAAUUUCAAUCAAAACUUUUUAACCUACACGUUUGCUAUUAUGGUAGAAGGCACUAGAUGAUGUUGUUACACAUAGUUUUACAAGUUGUUUUUCUUACUCUGUGAGCACUGUUCAGUCUCUGAAGAAAUCUUUGUACUGUAGUUAGUUUUGUAAUGUAGCUUCUUUAUGGGGAAGGUGGGAAGCUGUUGCAAGAAUCAGGGGAGUUUACACACUGCCUUAAUCUCCCUAUCCAGAGUUAAUUAUGAGGACAGAAUUACUCCAUGAGAGCCAGGCAUUGGUGUUUUGGUUGAAAUUACUGAAGACAGGAUUUGCCUGCAUGCUUUUGUGACUUACCUCUAUUCCCGGAUUGCUGUAUAGAGUGUAAAUAAAUAAGUUGCACUAAGAAAAUACCCAGGCCCAGUGUUGCUCAACCUGAAAGGCCCUGACUUCUACUAUCUCUUGGCAAAGGAUGUGACCAUAUGUAUUUUAGCAGUUUAGAUUCUGCCCAAUUGAUAAAUUUGUAUCUGAUUUUGUUUAGACUUUUCAAUAAAAGGAACAUUCUCUGUUUUGUCA